UGCCCAAACACUCUCUAGUCUUUCUCCCACGUCUACCAAACGUCUCUUAACUCCCUCUCUCCACGUUCUAUCUCAAUGUGUAAAAGAGAUGGGUGUUGUGUUCACACACUCUCUCUUUCUCUCUCUAGGUUCUCUCUCUCGAUGUGGGUUUGAUUAAUAAUACAUGUGUAAUUUAGGGUUUGAUUUCCUAUUCUUCUUCUCUCUCUAUUUUGCAAAUCGGUGGCGAAGAAAUCGAAGAUUUGUUGGAGCUAAGUGUGGGAGAAGGUGGCGGAGAAGAGGUCGGGGCAGAGGAAGGAGAGUCGAGGGAAGUCGGAAUCGGAGAAGCCCUUGGAUCUGAAGAAAUGGACGGUGGAGAGGAUUUGGGUUAGGGAUUCUGGGGAGGGAGUUCUGGUUCUGGUUUGGGGGUUGAUGAUUCCGAGGGUUUUCAGGUAGCGGAGGUUCUGGCGGUGGGACGGGAGGAACCGAAGGAGGAGAGAGAGAGGGGGAAUGGGGGUUGUGGAUGGGAGAGAGUGAGGAGGAGGAGAGUGUUGGUUUGAUGAGCAGAGAGUGAAGCAUUUCUUUGUUUUACCCCAAUUUCAAACCCCACUGCCGUCUUCAAUAACAGAGGAAAAUUCCUAGAGAUUUGACAGAGGCAUCAUUACCAGGUGCUGGAUUAUCAAUAAUCGACGCCUUUUCCAUGAUAUUUUUAUUUGGAAUGGAACUAAAUAACUAUUUUACAAUGAGCGCAUCUACAUCUGUAAUUGUUGACAAGAGUUCUGAUGGGGAAUUCUUGCGCAUUGAUUUUAAUUUUAGCUUCCCUGCACUCUCGUGUGAAUUUGCUGCUGUUGACGUGAGUGAUAUCUUGGGAACAAUAAUCCAGUCCCCUAAUCCUGGCAUUCUUUUUGGAUUGGUCAACAGAGCGGAGUUCACCACGCCCUUAACCCAGAUCCAUACAGUGGAGUCUUUGGUUCAGACAGGGAGAAGUAUGCAAGAGAUGUUGAAGAUCUCAUUACCUUUGGAACUCCAGGGCAUAGCUGGUUUUAUUUCUGAAGCCAUACAGGGAGUGGGUGGAAUUAUUGAAUUGGCCCCAGGUUACUUCCUGCCGUAUACAGCAGUAUUAAGAAAGUAGGAGGGCUUUGUAUUGCCGAUGAGGUUCAAUCUGGGUUUGCUCACACUGGGAGCCAUUUUUGGGGAUUUGAGACCCAAGGCAUUGUGCUUGACAUAGUGACAAUGGCAAAGGUGAACAAGCUUCAUGAAGUGUGUUGAAGAUUUCAUAGCUAGGGUUUAUCUGCAACUUAACAAGAUUUUUCAAUGCUCAGUGGCUUCGAUUUCUCAAUCUCAAACCUCUAGUGGUCUUCUUUUACUGCGAGUAGUAACACAAGUGAUGAAGACUAAAGAAUUCCUCAACUAAGCAGUGAGUCAACAACCAGGUAAUUUCAGUUAUCACUCAAGAAUUCCUUCACUUAUGUUGCUGCCAUUGCUUGGAAAUGGAGACUAAAUUGGGC